GGGAGGAGGGAGUGAGGGAGGCGGGGGGCUCGAGUGCUCCGUGGAUGUUCCGAACUAAGACGCACCACCGUGGGAUGAUAGGCGUCGGUGGCAGCGGUAGCGACGACGGCGGCGGCGGCGGCGGCGGGGGCGGCGACUGAGUCAGCAUGCAUCGGAUCGCCCCGCGGCGGCGCAAGCUCCGGACGCUGUGGGCCUCGUUCGCCCUGCUCGCUCUGUCCGUGGCCGCCUGCAGCGCGCUCUUCACGGCGUGGACCUGGCGCCAAACGCGGGACCUGUCCCAGUCCUUCCACAUCCUCCAGGAGCGCCUCGAGCAGGUCAACACGCAGAGGAAGGCCAUUGUGCAACUCAUUCUGGAGAAGCGAGAACUGCUCGUCGGCCAGAGAGUGAAGCGAGACGGGGGGACGCUGCGCGGGAAGCACGGAAACGGCAAGAAAGCGGCGUCUCAUUUUGAGAUCACCAAAGUCUCCUCUCAGCAAGUGGGCCAAGGCGGCGUGAUCAAGGGCUGGGAGGAGCGCGUGCUCAACAUGAGCAAAGCCGUGAGCUACAACAAGGAGGAGGGCACCUUUGUCGUGGAGAAGCCGGGCGUCUACUUCCUCUUCUGUCAGGUUCUGUUCAACGAGCAGGAGUCGCAGUACGUCAAGCUGGACGUGGUGACGGGAGGCCAGAGGCCGCAGAAGCUGCAGUGCAUGGAGGGCUACGGGACCACCCCGUCGGCCGGGCCGCACCCGUCGCACUUCCUCAAGCCGUGCCAGGUGUCGGGCCUCCUGCGGCUGGACAAGGGCACCCAGCUGCACGCCGUCACCGGCCCCUCAUUCCGCCUGCACACGGUGGGCAACCCCUCGGCCUCGCCUCACGUCUUCAGCAUCUUCAAAGUCAACUGACGUCUCCCGAAGGGGGGGGGGGGGGGGGGCUCCCGUCCCUCCGGAUUUCCCCUAGCGCCGCCUCUUCUCAGCGGACGCUCGAUUUUUGGUGGGGUGGGCUUGGGGGGAGGGGGGAUAAUAACGGAGGGGUGAAGCCGACGUCGGCGUGCGGACGCUUUUUGGCUGGCGACGCCAACUCCCCCCCCCCCUGCGUGGCGGCGGAUGGGAACCGGAAGCCGAGCUUCCGCCUUUGGGGACGAACGGUGCACAAAACUGGGAACAUUUUGCACAUCACGGAGAUGUGAAGUUUCUUUUGACAACAUCAAAUUGGACUGUUUUGGAUGUUUUUUUUGGGGGGGGGGGGUCACUUCUCUUGGUUCUUUUUGUUGCUAUUUUUGCCUGUCGUUCAAAAAUCAAACCACGAGUGAUUGUUUCGAUCAUCAAAAGGGAGAGGAAGAUUGCAGACAUUUUGAAAAGCGCUCGUGGGCCACGAGAACACGAAAGGCUGCGUUCCAAAACAUGAAGCAAAUGCACUUUGGGGUGAUUUUCUUCAAUGCUCUCUUAAUGGGGUUGAGGUCAAAGGAUGCUCGUGAAGUUUUUCUUCUUCUUCUUCUUCUUUUUUUUUCUCACCAGGGGUGUCCAACUUAAACUGAAAUCCCUCCGUGCAUUACAUUUAUGGAGCACAAAGAGUUGAAAACAAAUGGGAGUCUUUCGAGAAUGACAUUGAAAAUCGUAACCUGACGAGGGUUACGUCAAAUUCUGCAAAGAAAAAGGUCACCCGUUCUUUUGUGAAAAGAAAGGCAGAUUUUGAUGAGGGGGGUGGGCGGGGGGGAGUCAGUCUGACAAGAAAGAUGUCGAUUUUUUUUCCCCCCCCAAGGAAUAAAGUCGCAAUUCUGUGAUGAAA